AUGAAAGACAUCAUUGCAGUCAGGGGCAGCGACGUGACUUUUGCUUGCCAGGUCAUAAACGCAGGAAGGCAUCUGGUCGCGUUUGUCAGGGCAGAGCCGACCGUAUUGCUGACGUGGCAGCACCGUGUAUUCGCCAGCAGACCACAUAAAUACAACCUGGAAGUAAGGGGCGACACGUGGCUUUUGGAAGUGCGAAACGUGCAGCCGUCGGACGAGGGUUUGUACAUGUGUCAAGUCAACACAAACCCGAUGAUGGCUCAAAUCGCGUACCUCAGUCUGAAAGUUCCUCCCCGGAUCGACAAGGACCGCACCACUCAUGACGUCAUUGUACAGGAAGGUCAGAACGUCACGUUGAACUGUGCUGCAGACGGUUCUCCAACUCCGACGAUUUCGUGGAGGCAUAAAGACGGAGCUGUGAUACUCACAAACAGCCCUGAAGGAUAUGGAGAGAGCGUCGUCCUCAAGCAGAACCUGACCCUAUAUAGGGUGAGCAGGAAGCAUAUGGGCGAGUACAUAUGCUUAGCCAGCAACGACGUCCCGCCAGACGAGUCUUGGAGCAUCAGGCUGCAUGUGCACUUUUCACCGUCGAUUCGCCCGAUAGAAGCAGUGGUUAACAGCGGUGCCGGCAAAUCCGCACAACUGAGCUGCGUCGCUGAGGCUUGGCCAAAGCCGGAAUUUUCAUGGGAGUUUCGAGGAACCGUCAUUGUCCCUGAUUAUCAAAAAUACCGUAUCAGCAUAGAGGCAAACCAGUCCGAGGCGUAUGACACGCUGAGUACAUUAACCAUCGACCAUUUAAGCAAGACCGAUGCCGGGACCUACUUUUGUGCGGCAUCGAACGAAUACGGAUCCGUGAGUUCUGCGGUGGAGCUUAAAGGCGAGAAAACAAAGACCAUUUUCCUUACUUCUAAUCAGUAA